AUGGCGCCGAGCAAGCUCCGGCAGGCGCUGGGCGCGGCCAAGGACCAGACGACCAUCGCGCUCGCCAGGGUGGGCGGCGCGGACGACGAGGUGGCCGCGGACGUCGAGGUGGCCAUCGUCCGAUCCACCGCGCACGGCGAGGCCCUCCCCGCCGACGACCGUCACGUCGCGGAGAUCCUCGCGCUGACGCGCUACUCCCGCGCGCGCGUCGCCGCGUGCGUGGCCUCCUUGUCGCGCCGGCUCGGGCGGACCCGGACGUGGCCCGUCGCGGUCAAGGUGCUGGCGCUCGUGCACCGCCUGCUCGCGGAGGGGGACCCGGCGUUCGAGCAGGAGGUGUUCCUCGCCACGCGCCGCGGCAGGCGCAUGCUCGACAUGUCCCGGUUCCGCGACCGCGGCCGCGCGCGCUCCCGCGACUGGGACUUCGCCGCGUUCGUGCACGCCUACGCCGUGUACCUCGACGACCGGCUCAAGUGCCGGAUGCAGGGCCGCCAGGGAGCCGUGGCCGGCCCGAGAAAUCGGAGCGUCCACGGCAGCAGCUUCCACGACACCGCCGACGGGGCAGGCGAGGUGCACGAAGCUUGGCCGGCGACCGAGACGGGCACGGAGGAUCUGGUCGCGAGGCCGCAGCAGCUGAAGCACCUCCUCACCCGGUUCAUCGAGUGCCGGCCGACGGGGAAGGCGAGGACGAACCGGGUGGUCACGACGGCGUUGUACCGGCUGGUGAAGGAGAGCGCGGCGAUGUACUGCGAGCUCACGGAGGUGAUGGUCGUGCUCAUGGACCGCUUCGCCGAGCUGGACACCCCCGCCUGCGUGCGCGUCCACUCGAUCUUCACCAGCCUCGCGAAGCUGGUCGACGAGCUCGACGACUUCUACGCGUGGUGCAAGGCCACCGCCGUGUGCCGCCCGUCCGACGUCCCCGAGAUACAACGCGUCAGGCAGAAGAACCUGGACCUCAUGGGCGAGUUCAUCCGCGAAAGGCUAGCGUCGGCCACGCAGCGAUGCCGCUCGCCGCUCAGCUCGCCUGCUUCUACCCCCGUUACCACUCGAGAGGAGAACAAUACCGGCAAGGCUGCGGCGGCGGCUGAGCUUGCAGACUCGUUCGUCGCGGUGGAUGACAAGAUGGCCAACUUCUUCAACUUGGACGAAGACACCUCGCCGCCGUCCGGCGAGGAGCAUGGCCGGGAUCUGACAUUGGGACUAUUGGUCGGUUGCUCGGCGGAAGCGGCGGCGUCGGAAUGGGUGGCGUUUGACGAUCCAUCGGAAGAUUGGGAGACAGCUCUGGUGCAGUCGACGAGCAGUCCCGCUGCGCGGCGCCCGCUUGGUGCGACGGCGCUUGCACUGCCGCCAACGACUGGUGCAAACGCCGCCGGCACAAGGACUGAUCCAUUCGCCGCGUCGCUGGCGGUGCCUCCGCCGACGUAUGUCCAGAUGACAGACUUGCGGGCAAGGCUGCGGCUCCUUGUGCAGGAGCAGAACGCAUGA